GAUCUACAAGAGCUCUCCAAAACGUUCCCAGGUGUUCAUAUAGUGACUCUAGACGUGGACAAUGAGCAGAGUGUGAGCUCAGCGCUGCAGGAGGUCGCGUCCAUCGUUGGAAAUGAAGGACUCAACUGUCUGAUCAAUAACGCUGCGAUCGGAAACACCACGGACUUAAACACCGUCACCCCGGAGGCCAUGAUGAAGAGCUUCCAGGUCAACACUGUUGCUCCUCUCUUUGUCACCAAGGCGUUCCUGCCUCUGCUGCAGACGGCUGCAGCUCGCUCCUCCGGGAUGGGGAUUCACAGAGCAGCCGUCAUCAAUGUCUCCUCCAUCCUCGGCUCCAUCACACACAACUGGGCUGAAGGUGCUAACUUCAAGAGCUACGCUUACCGCACCUCCAAGGCUGCUCUGAACAUGGUGACUAGGUGUCUGGCUGCUGAUCUGGGCUCAGACGGCAUCCUGUGUAUGUCUCUGCACCCAGGCUGGGUCCGGACCGACAUGGGGGGGCCUCUGGCUGAUCUGUCCGUACAGGAGAGUGUUUCUGCUCUGCUCUCCGUCCUCUCUGCUCUGUCAGAAAAAGAUCACGGAGGAUUUAAAGACUUCAGAGGAAACGCCUUCAUCUUCUCACAUUAA